UAUAUACAGAUGAGGAGUACCUAUCUUGUCGCAUAAAGUAUCAUUAUAUAUGAUAAUUUAUAAUUAAUUACAGUAACUUAAAAGCUCUAAUCGUAAAAAUAAAAUUGGAAAAAGAGCAAAUAAGAGAUAAUAAUUUAUUAUAAAUAAAAUGGACAUAACAUUGGAUGAUAAACUAAAUGCGUUGCGACAAAUAAGCCAGCGGAAGCUUGUAGAUAUACUGGAGAGCAUUCCAGGAUCGAUGAAGGAUCUGAUAAUAGAGCAGAAAUUAAUGAAAAUACUGGACAGUUUUGUAGGAGUGACUGUAUUAAAACGAUGCGGAGUGGACAAGAUUUAUAAGCUGGAUGAAGGAUUAAAACUAUCAAACAAUCAACGUAUAUUUUUAGUAUCUAACGAUUUGAUCGCGUGCAAGAGAGUACUGGAUCAAAUACAAUCUGAAAUAUCUCAUGUUACCAAGCCUCAUGUCCAAGUGUGCCAUCAUUUAUUGGUCGUGCCAUUUGUUCCAGCUGUGUUACAUAAUCUAGUCGAAGAGGAAGGUUUGGCUGAGCUAGUUACACUGCAGACGCUAUCUGUAGAAUUUAUAAAACUAGAUGGAAACGUUUUAUCCUUGGAAAAUCCAAUGUUCAUUGAUCUCUACUAUCACAAGGAUAUCAGUCCUCUGCGAGCAUUGGCACGCAACUUGUGGUCAUUGCAGUUGAUACUUGGUUCACCCAGGCUCUCACUUCUCGUCGGCAAGCACAGCCAACAAGUGGGCAAACUGAUGGAAUCCAUGGUACAAUGUCUGGGUUCGUCCAGCUUAGAGAAUGAAGUCGGCGCUCUAAUCGUGAUGGAUAGAGGUUUCGAUCUGGCGACGACUCUCUUGACACCUGUUACAUAUUCGAGCUUGUUAAACGAAGUUGUUGAGGUGAAUGUCGGCACAGCGGUGCUGGGAAAAUCGCAAAUCAAAUUGGACCCAGAUAAAGAUCAGAUCUAUGGAGAAGUAAGAGAUACACCUUGCAGCGAGGUUUUCCCGAUUAUACAUGGAAAGGCUAAGUCACUAAAAUCUGAACAGGAAGCCAUACAAACGAUGAAAUUGGCCGAAAUGGAAAGAUAUGUGUCGACGAGAUUGCAAAAGACCAAAGAUAUGACGCAACAAUUGGCGUUUCAUAUAUCCGCGUGCCAGACUAUCGCGGAUACUUUGGGCUCUGAGUUUCAAGCUUUGCAGAUGAUCGAGAAAUUGAUGCUAGACUGCAAGAACAGAAAAGAAUGUUUCAGCUAUAUAGAGAGAAAUAUAGAUGAGCAUGCGUUGCGAUGUUUGCGUCUUCUGUGCCUGCUGUCCAUCACUACCGACGGUGUCACACAGAGCGAGCUUCAAAAUAUCCAAAAACUGCAUCUCCAUACUCAUGGUUAUCAACAUAUCCCUUUAUUUUACAAAUUACACACCGUUGGUUUGUUGAAGUAUAGAACCGAAAAUAUUUUACACAAAUUGCCAAACCGGAAUAGCGAAUGGGGCAGCAAUGCGCAAAGAUUAAAGAUGUUACCCAAUUAUUCUAAACGAUCCGAUCACAACAGUCGUAUCUGUCCUAGUUAUGUGUUCAACAACGCUUAUAUACCCGCCAUAGCACAAAUAUUAAACAUCGUAUCGAAUCAAGAGAAGGAUCCUCGCAGCUUUGAAGACUUAAUGAAUUUAUCGGGUUGCGUCGUGAACGGUCAACGGGGUGCGUUAUCACCAAAGAUGGUCGUGAUCUGUGUGGUAGGAGGCAUUACAUGCGCAGAAAUAGCGGCCUGUCGACUCAUCGAAAAGUCUAUAGGGAUACGUCUCAUUCUUGCGUCCGACGCUAUCUUAACGGGUAACAAACUUAUUCAGAGAAUACAAGAAAUAUGAAAACUCUCUGAUAGCAUUCAUCAGGAAUGUAAAAGAUAUUGUAUCUAUCCUUUUUUUUUGUAUAAAUAGAGAGACAAGAGAUUAUAAUAGUUUUUUGUGUACGAACGAUGAAAGAGAGUAAACGUGAAUGAUUCUACAAUAUGAGAGAGGAAAAAAAAAAAAAAAAAAAAAAA